GGGGUACAAAAAAGAAGAAGGUAAAUAAACUCCUCACCAUCCUAAACCAAUUGGGUUUUUGAUUUUCUCAUCAAAGUUUUUCCCCCUAGAAUUUGUGUAUCAUGUCUCACACCAGCAUCUGAGCCGCAAUACCCCGCUCUGCAGUCAAGUCCCAAGCUGAUAAGCGAGUGCGUAGGCUGUGUAUCCAAGUGAACACCCCUCCAAUAACUCCACCUCCAGCUCAGUCACCAUUGAUGGACAUGUUGAGCAAGGAGGAUGCAGAUGAGACAGUGGAAGAGCUGAAGAGCAAGGUCAUGGAAGGUUGCUUGCCACCUCCAACUCCAGCUCAGUCCCAAUUGAUGGAAAUGUUGAGCAAGGAGCAUGCAGACGAGACAGUGGCAGAAAGCAUGGUGGAGCUGAUGAGCAAGGUCAUGGAAGGCUGUUUGAAAGUGGACAUUGAAAGACAGCUAGUACCUUUCACAGCAUCCUGGGCCAAAAGCUACCUCACACAGAUUCUAGAGAGUCAAAUUCUGUGCCCAGAUGACGGAGAAGAACCAGAGGAAUCAGUGAGAACAGAAGACUCUGAGCCUAUACCAGCAACUCUAGAUGCCUGGGUUCAAGGAUGUGUGCCAGUUGAGGCUGACAUUGACCAGAUUCCAGUACAAACAGAGCCAAGAGUCAACCAGGUGUGUAAUGUUGUGGCCCAAACCAACACUUCGCCAAAGCUAUCUGAAAAAGAAACAACUCCCAGGAAACCUGUCAGUAACAAGUGCUAUGAAGUGCUUAGUCCUCACCCCCCACCAACAAUUGAUCUAAAGAAAAAGCAGCAGGUUAAUUUGAUUUCUAAGCCUGUUCCGGCCAAAAUACUGCCACCCCUGCCCUAUUCUGCAGAAAAAAAGGAAGUGAGUAAAGAGCGGAAAGACUGGACACAUUCUAUUUGUAACUACUCGACUGAAUCAUUAUAUCAGCAUAAUAACAAGAAACCCGUAACAAAACUUGAUCAAAUCAGCCUGCCUCGACAUUGCAUCAUUCCUAAGUAUGAGAUUAUUGACGACAAUGAUACAAAACCCAACGGCAAGAAAACAAGUGGACUAUCCAAACUUGAACCAAGAUAUGUCAAGCAGCAGAGUGAGUGCACAAAAACAGUACCAAGGCAACUAAACAGUUCCAAGGAUCAGCCAGCUAAGGGGCGAAAUGAGGCAGCAGAGGUCUGGCUGAAGAAACUGCCUCCCCCUAUACAAGGAAAGGAAAGGAUGGUCUCCUCUAGGCCUCUGAGGCUGGACACAAUGGUUUUGGCCAAAGGAGUUUUCCUCGUGGAUCCCCAGGCCGCUGGAGGAAACCACCCCAGAUGUAACCCUCCUACUUAUUCCACCAAGCUGAGGCCGAUACAAAGUGUUGCAGCUACGCCAAUGUUUUCAGUUGAUCAGUUUACAACAGGUCAACCAGCUCGGGUUAUACCAUUGCUGAAGUCCAAGAGCCCUGACAACUCAUAGAAAAACUAAGUGAUAAAUGUUUGUAGUUGUAUUAAGAGCAUAUAUAAAUGGAAAAAAGUUACUUGUAUCACAAGAACACUGUAUGUUAUUGCUGUUGUAGGCUUAGGUGGGACAUUUUUUUACAUGUGGUAAAGAUUCUG